GCAAACACUGGCACUGGUGACCCACUGGGAUAACACACUACCUCUUAAAGCCGAUGGCACAUUCUCCUCCUACCGCCAAGAGGUGAUAAAAGGAAUCUGCAAAACCUCAAGAGGACUUUCUUAAGUUGAUUCCGUUGGGAUAAACUUUACCGGAACAACCCGAAGUUCUCAGUUGACCACUGAAAAGGAAAAUGCUGAAUGUUGAUCUGUUGGUGUUAAGCAUCUGUGUUGGCCUGGGGUCAGGAUACAAGAAGGCUUCAGAGGGGAAGAGACAAUUUCAGAUCCAAAACGGCCCGUGCAGCUACACCUUUCUGCUGCCAGAGCAGGACAGCUGCCAAACCUCCAGCACCUUCAAUAACCCCGUCCAGAAGGAUGCACCAACUGACACCGACGCGGCUCAGAGGUUGGAACAACUGGAGAUCAUCAUGGAGAACAACACACAGUGGCUGCUAAAGCUUGAGAGCUACAUUCAAGACAACAUGAAGCAUGAGUUGGUCCAGUUCCAACAAAGCGCUGUUCAGAACCACACAGCGACGAUGAUUGAAAUUGGAACAAACCUGCUGAGUCAAACAGCAGAGCAGACUAGAAAGCUGACCAACGUUGAGACUCAGGUCAUAACCCAAACAACUCGACUCGAACGUAAACUCCUGGAGAACUCGUUGUCCACCACCCAAUUAGAAAAACAGAUGAUAGUCCAAACCAACGACAUCAACAAACUGAGAGACAAAAACAGCCUCUUAGAGAAGAAGGUGGAGGAGCUGGAGAAGCAGAAGCAAGUUGAUCUGAAGAUGCUACAAGAAGAGAAGGACCAGCUUCAGGCUCUGAUUCAGAAACAGACAGCCAUUAUUGGGGAUCUGGAGCAGCAGAUGCUUAAAGUCUCAUCCAACAACACGAUUCUGCAGCGACAACAACAGGAGCUUCUGGACACCAUGAAUCUUCUCAUUCACGCUGUGUCGAGCAGCGCGGGCGGAGAUUCCAAAGCAACCACCAUGAUGCAGGAUACGCCGACCACGUUUACCGACUGUGCAGCGGUGUUGAAAGCAGGACACACCCAAAGUGGGGUUUACACCCUCACACUACCAAACACGACAGAGGAGGCCAAGGUGUUCUGUGACAUGGAGACAGAAGGCGGUGGAUGGACUGUGAUACAAAAGCGCUUUGACGGCCAUGUUGACUUUCAUCGUACGUGGCAGGAGUAUAAAAAGGGUUUUGGAGUGCCUUCGGGUGAACAUUGGUUUGGAAAUGAAUUUGUCUCCAGAAUGACAAACCAUCAAGCGUACAGAUUAAGGAUUCAGCUGAGCGACUGGGAAGGGAACUCUGCAUUCUCACAAUACGAUGAGUUCUCUCUCGACAGUGAAGCUCAGAAUUACAGGAUACACCUGAAGGGCUACAGUGGGACGGCCGGCAAAAUCAGCAGCAUUGGUCAGCCAGGAAGUGAUUUCAGUAGCAAGGAUGCCGACAAUGACAAAUGUGUUUGCAAAUGUUCACAACUAACAACAGGAGGAUGGUGGUUUGAUGCCUGUGGUCCGUCCAAUUUAAACGGAAUAUAUUACCAACAGGGGCAAAAUUCCAAUCGCUUCAAUGGCAUCAAGUGGUACUACUGGAAAGGUUCUGGCUACUCACUGAAGACCACCGCAAUGAUGAUCAGACCUGCUGACUUCACAGGGUCGCUAUGAUCGCUGAAGAUCCCUCGUAAAUAUGGAGAGAAACUGGGACAUCAUGAUAGUAAUUUAAUAAUUGUGAAGGGAACCCGUUGCUGCGCUUCAUGCUUGAAGACAAAAUGAGACUGGCCAGAGAAAAUGUCAGGAAGAAAUGAUGUCACUUCACAGGACUAGGGCCAGAUAGGAUGGGAAAUUUCAAGUUAAAAAAAACGUGUUGGAUGAGAGAUAGGAGUGCAGCUGACUGUCAGCAACAGGCAUUGCAUCAGAGCUGCCUAGCUUAGACAAGAUUAUCUGCAGAAAGCAGUGCAGAGUUUUUUUUUUCUUCAAAACAUCAAAAUCCCACGCAUUUUACGAGUCUCAAGACCUGCCGAAGCACCUUGAUAUAGCUUUAAAGACCACAAUACUGUGUCAUAUAUAAUGGGGCAUUAUUGUUUAUAUGUUGGUAAUAGAUUCCAAACCGAUCGACCAUUACAAUUUUUUUAUGGUACAAAAUGGCGGUAAAACAAUUGGCUGCGGACACGGUUUCUGUCAAAUGUCUAUAAUGUACAAAAAUAUAGUGAAGAGCAUGUGUAUUUUAUAUUUAUGUGUAGAACAUGUUUAACUAUUUGAUGGUUUUUAUCAUUGCUGUGAGUAACAUGUUUUUAUUUAUCCUUUCAGUUUUUGGAUGUGAAGGUGAUAUUAGCUAU